UGGAAAAGAAGCAAAGAUCAAAGGUUUGUCGUUUUCUUCUAGUCUGACUGUGAGAAGUGAAGAUGAGACAAUACAGAGGUUUGAGCGUAAAACAGAUGCAACAAACAAUUGUGAGGAAAGUCCCAAGCCCACUCUAGAAGACGCCCGCUCCUGGUCGGUGUCAUUUGAGAAGCUAAUGAAGAGUGCGUCUGGGCGCUCCUGCUUCAGGCAGUAUCUGAGGACAGAGUUUAGUGAGGAGAACAUGAUGUUCUGGCUCGCCUGUGAGGCGCUCAAAAAGGAGACCAACAAGACUGUGGUUGAAGAGAAGGUUCGCCAAAUAUAUGAGGACUUCAUCUCAAUACUGUCCCCAAAAGAGGUCAGCUUGGACUCGCGUGUUCGAGACGUUAUAAACCGUAACAUGCUGGAGCCCACCUCACACACAUUUGAUGACGCACAGCAGCAGAUCUACACAUUGAUGCAGAGGGACUCUUACCCACGCUUCAUCAACUCCACAGAGUACACGGACAUCCUCAAGAGCCUGGAGGAGAUGCCCCCAGAGCCGUAG